GCGCAUGCUCACUGCGGGUUUCCUCUUGGAGGGCGGGGAUCGCUGUCGUUAGUUCGCUCGAGGGUGGAGGGCGCCUGCGCGGCGGCGGCGGCCCGGUAGCCUGAGUGGCAGGAACAGCUUGGGCGGCCUCGUUUUGCCACGUACAGCGGCGGCGACGACAAUAACAGCAGCGGCAAUUCCACACGCUGCUGCAUUUAUAUUUGGUAAGUGGCACUGCAUGGCGGGACCUCUGACCACCAGCUGAAAAUAAAAGAAUAAUCUGCCUGCUAUACAAUAAACUUUGCAAGAAAGAGCUCUGGGAGAAGGACAGAGUUAAACCAUGAAUGGCCAACUGGACUUGAGUGGGAAGCUUAUAAUUAAAGCUCAGUUAGGUGAUGAUAUUAGAAGAAUUCCUAUUCACAAUGAGGAUAUCACCUAUGAUGAGUUAGUGCUGAUGAUGCAGAGAGUUUUCCGGGGAAAGCUUCUGAGCAAUGAUGAAGUUACAAUUAAAUACAAAGAUGAAGAUGGUGAUCUUAUAACAAUAUUUGAUAGCUCAGACCUUUCUUUUGCAAUUCAGUGCAGUAGAAUACUGAAACUGACAUUGUUUGUUAAUGGGCAGCCAAGACCUCUAGAAUCCAAUCAGGUAAAAUACCUCCGCAGAGAACUGAUAGAACUUCGCAACAAAGUUAAUCGUUUGCUGGAUUGCUUAGAGCCACCUGCUGAGCCAGGGCUUUCUACCAGCCUCCCUGAAAAUGAUGUUGCUGAGGGCAGGGAAGACAAGCCUGCUUCUGACUCUUCUGGCAAACCUUCUCAAGUUAUAGCAGCAAGUAUGUCUGCUUUUGAUCCAUUAAAAAAUCAAGAUGAAAUCAACAAAAAUGUCAUGUCGGCAUUUGGGUUGGCAGAUGAUCAGGUGUCCGGACCCCCCAGUGCUCCUGUAGAAGAACGUUCAGGCACACCCGAUAGCAUUGCAUCUGCAUCCUCUGCAGCUCAUCCAUCUGGUCAACCUCAGCAACCACCAUAUGGAGGAACUCAGCCACAAACUGGUCAAAUGGAAGGCCAAAUGUAUCAACAGUAUCCACAGCAGGCUGGGUAUCCUGCUCAGCAGCCACCAGGUCAGCCUCAGCAACAAUAUGGUAUGCAGUAUCCAGCAGGCUACACCCAGCAGACUGCUGCUCAGCAAGCACAGCAGUUCCAGGCAUACAGUCAGCAGCCUUCACAGGCUCCAGCUCCUGGCUUUGCUGCCCAAGCACAACAGCUGCCAGCUCAGCCUCCCCAACAGUACCAGGCAGGCACCUAUCCUGCACAAAACUACACAACACAAGCUUCCCAAUCUGCUACUUAUAAUGUACCCCCAGCUUCACAGCCUGGAAUGGCUCCAAGCCAGCCAGCUGCUUAUCAACCAAGACCUGGCUUCACUCCACCACCUGGAACUACUAUGACACCCCCUCCAAGUGGCCCCAAUCCUUAUGCUCGCAACCGCCCUCCCUUUGCCCAAGGUUAUACCCAGCCAGGUCCUGGCUAUCGAUAAGAAAACUAUCUGCUGUUAAAUGACCCCCAGGUAAAUAAAUCCAAGCAGCUGCUCAAGCUAUUCCAUCCAUGCAGAGUCCAAGAUUCUUUAACUGAAAUACAAAAACUAAUGAAAGACAGAAUAUUGUAUGGUAUCACUGUUGCUGUUUAAUUUGCUGGGAUAGAUGACCAAAUGAAUCUUGUUUCCUGCUUCAAAUUGUAUUGGCUUUCUAGUUUAAUAUUGGUUCCUCUGGAAACACUACCUAAAUGUUUGUAAAGUAACGACAUUCUAGCUUGCCAUAUUAAACUGCUGGAUAAAAAUCUAGCUGA